AUGGUAGAGGUGGUGGUAAAUGAUGGGGAGGCCACGCAGGUUCGGAUAGAUCCAGGGGCUAAGGGGAAAGAGCCCAUGCUGCAUCUUGUCCCAGGUGAACAGAAAUUGAAAAUGGCGGGAAUAAUCAACACUCAUCACACAUAUGGGACCAUCCCCAGAGUAUCAAUACAAGACAUGGAUGAAGAAAUAGUAAAAAUGGAAAAUGGAGAAUGCAGAGUUUUAAGUAAGCAAGAAGAAAGCCUGUGUGCAUUACAGACAGCUGAAAGUGGAAAAUGCUACAGUAUAUUCACAAGCAAAAACCGAAUUCACGCAGUCACUGGAACACUGCACAGAGAACAACAGCUUCCAGGUGCCACUGCAGUUUGCAAUGCUAACAACAGUAAUAAUAAGGAUGAAGAAGAAAAAAAGAAAAAGAAAAAAGACAAAGAUAAAGACAAAGAAAAAAAGGGCAAAUCUGACCAAAAGAAAGAAAAGAAAAAGGAUAAAGAAAAGAAAAAAGACAAAGAAAAAGGAGAAAAGGCAAAGAAAGAUAAAGGUGACGAUAAAGAUAAAAACAAAGGUAAAGAAAAGGAAAAGGAAAAAGAGAAAGAAAAAGAAAAAACAGAUAAGGAUAAAGACAAAGAUAAAGACAAAGACAAGAAAGAAGAGAAGAAGAAAGAUAUUUAUGUAAUUGACCCCUCAGGAAACCUAUAUUACAACUGGUUAUUUUGCAUUACCAUGCCUGUCAUGUACAACUGGACUAUGAUCAUUGCAAGAGCCUGUUUUGAUGAACUUCAGCAAGACUACUUAGAAAUGUGGUACAUCCUUGAUUACACAUCAGAUCUCAUCUAUAUCGCAGACAUGUUUGUAAGAACCAGAACAGGAUAUUUGGAGCAAGGUCUACUGGUCAAAGAUGAAGUUAAGCUAAGAGAUAAAUACAAAAAGACUCUUCAGUUUAAAUUGGAUGUUUUGUCUAUUAUACCAACAGAUAUUUUGUAUUUAAGGUUUGGAAUGAACUAUCCAGAGUUAAGGCUAAACAAAUUGCUUAGAGUGUCACGCAUGUUUGAAUUUUUCCAGCGAACAGAAACAAGGACCAAUUAUCCGAACAUCUUUAGAAUCUCUAACCUCAUCAUGUACAUUGUGAUUAUUAUACAUUGGAACGCUUGUGUGUAUUAUUCUAUUUCCAAAGCUAUAGGGUUUGGUGAAGAUACGUGGGUCUAUCCUAAUACAUCUGACCCAGAGUUUGGACGUCUGGCUAGAAAAUAUGUGUACAGUCUUUACUGGUCAACACUAACUCUAACUACUAUUGGGGAAACUCCUCCACCAGUUAGAGAUUCAGAAUUCUGGUUUGUUGUUGCUGAUUUCCUGGUUGGAGUGUUGAUUUUCGCUACCAUCGUUGGUAAUGUUGGCUCCAUGAUUUCAAAUAUGAAUGCCGCCAGAGCAGAAUUUCAAGGGAGAAUUGAUGCAAUCAAACAGUACAUGCACUUUAGAAAAGUAAGCAAAGAUUUAGAAAAGCGAGUAAUCAAAUGGUUUGACUACUUAUGGACAAAUAAAAAAGCUGUAGAUGAAAGAGAUGUUUUGAAAUAUCUACCAGACAAGUUAAGAGCGGAGAUUGCUAUCAAUGUUCAUCUGGACACAUUAAAGAAAGUUCGUAUUUUUGCUGAUUGUGAAGCUGGACUUUUGAUUGAAUUGGUCUUAAAACUGCAACCUCAAGUAUACAGCCCUGGAGAUUACAUUUGUAGGAAAGGGGAUAUUGGAAGAGAAAUGUACAUUAUCAAAGAAGGCAAGCUUGCUGUAGUAGCUGAUGAUGGGAUUACCCAAUUUGUUGUCUUGAGUGAUGGCAGCUACUUUGGGGAAAUCAGUAUUCUAAACAUUAAGGGAAGUAAAGCUGGAAACAGACGAACAGCUAAUAUUAAGAGUAUUGGAUAUUCAGAUCUCUUUUGUCUCUCAAAAGAUGACUUAAUGGAAGCCCUGACUGAGUACCCAGAUGCUAAAGCCAUGCUGGAAGAAAAAGGAAGGCAGAUUCUCAUGAAGGAUGGGCUACUUGAUUUAGAUAUUGCAAAUUCAGGCACUGAUCCAAAAGACAUUGAGGAGAAAGUUGCUCAUAUGGAGGGCUUAGUUGAAAACCUACAGACAAAAUUUGCUAGACUUUUAGCUGAGUAUGAUUCAGCCCAACAAAAAUUAAAACAGCGAGUAACAAAAAUUGAGCAUAAAUUAAAGUCAGUAACAGAGACAGAAGUCUUAGAAUUGCUAGAAGCAGAAGGAACCAAAGAAGAAGAACCACCAGUCACCAAAGAAUAA